AUGUCCUAUCCUAACUCGCGCUCUUACUAUCAGCCCCAGCAGCAUCAGUCAGCGCGGAGCCAGCAAGCUCAACCCACCACCUCAUCUCGCAGUCGCGCGGAAUCGCGGGAUCACUCUUCCCAUCGUCACCGUGUCGUAUCCUCCACACGCUCCUCCACAAAAUCUCAGUCUCGCCACCGGGACCCAGUUCACAGCUCUCGUUAUGCCCCAGCCACCUCUAUGCCAAUGCCACCUAUGCCAUCCCACCACGUAUCCUCCUCGUGCAUUCCUACGCAAAGCACCCCAGUGCCAUUGCUGACCAACCCAUUCAUGGGUGGCGAUGACGAAUCAUAUAUCGGCUCUGUUGACGACGAAAGCGGCCUCAGCGCGGCCGAACGGGCAGAAGCCUUUGGCUAUCUCAACUUCGAGCCUCUUCCUGCGUCGCUUACGCCCGCGGGCCAGUAUGCCUCGAUGAAGCAGCUGCGCCGCCGCUCGCGCUCCGUUGGGUCCUUCCAAGUGAGGACCGGCCCGCAUACCGGGGUCCCGGGCCGGCAGGUCGGGCGCGAAGGCGUCCCAAGCGCCCAAUCGAGCAAAGUCGAACGCACAUCGUUUUACACGGUGCGCCAUGCUUCGCGCUCGACUGCUGCAAUCAAUCCCUCGUCAUCUUUUCCACCCAAGACGGCACCCUCAACUCCGAGUCGCGCCUCGAAGCCACGAAAGAACUACAAUGAGCAGAAACCUAUACCACCGUUGAAGGACAAGAAGUGGCGCAAUGCGGCAGCUGCGGCUCCAGUACAGGCCGCUGAGUUUGACCUGCCUCCCGGCGGCUUCAAACGGAAGCCUAUGAGCUUCUUCGUCAAUAUGUUCACCUAA